AUGGAACAGAAGAGCUUUGCAGAAAUUUUCCAGGAUGAUUUGGGGCGUAAUACUUCUGUGACAGGUCUUCCUUCUCGUCCAUCUAGUCGUAAUGCAUUUGAUGAAAAUGAUAUCAUAGGUUCUGCUGAAGCAGAUAUGGCCCAUGUACGCCGUGAGUCUGCAGCCACUGAUGCUUUAAGAUCAGGAUCAAAUGUUCAAGGAUCAUCUGCCGCCCAAAAUAUUGGCCAGUCAGCUUCUUAUUCUUAUGCUGCUGCUCUAGGAUCUUCCUUGUCGAGAAGCACUACUCCUGAUCCACAACUUGUUGCUAGGGCUCCCAGUCCCUGCAUCACACCCAUUGGUGGUGGCAGAGCCAUUGCUUCUGACAAAAGAGGUAUUGCCAGUACAGAUGCAUUUAAUGGUGUUUCAUCUGGCAUCAACGAGUCAGCAGAUCUUGUGGCUGCAUUGUCAGGGAUGAACUUGUCAGCAGAUGAUGUGUUAGAUGGUGAAAACCAUUUGCCAUCACAGGUUGAAUCGGAUGUUGAUAAUCACCAAAGAUAUCUUUUUGGUAGGCAAGGUGGUCAAGAUCAUGGUAAACAACAUGCUUAUUUAAAGAAGUCUGAAUCAGCGCACAUGCAAAAUUCAGGUAAGAUUAGGAGUGGGUCAGAUCUCAACAAUCCAUCCUUUGAUCGGCAGGCUGAGCUACAAAAGUCUGCUGUUUCUUCCAAUAACUCAUAUUUCAAAGGAUCGCCUACCUCCCAUUUUAGUAGAGGAGGUAGUUCGCCGCCUCAGUACCAGCCUUUAGAUGGUACAAAUUCAUCAUUUACUAACUAUGGUCUGAGUGGGUAUGCCGGAAAUCCGGCAUUGGCAUCCUUGAUGACUAACCAACUUGGCAGCGGUAAUCUACCGCCCUUGUUUGAAAAUGUUGCUGCAGCAUCAGCAAUGGGGGCCCCUGGAAUGGACUCAAGAAUUAUUGGAGGUGGUUUGGCAUCUGGAGGUGCUGCUUCAUCUGAUGUGCAUAAUCUUGGUAGGAUGGGAAAUCAAAUUCCUGGCAGUGCUCUCCAGGCCUCUUUUGUUGAUCCAAUGUAUCUUCAAUACCUGAGGACAUCUGAAUAUGCUGCAGCACAACUUGGUGCUCUUAAUGACCCCUCUGUGGACAGGAACUACUUGGGGAAUUCAUACAUGAAUAUACUUGAGCUUCAGAAAGCUUAUCUAGGGUCUAUUCUCUCUCCUCAGAAAUCCCAAUACAAUGUAUCACUGGGUGGAAAAUCAGGCAGCUCCACUCCUCAGGGUUAUUAUGGAAAUCCUGCAUAUGGUGUUGGGUUGUCUUAUCCAGGAAGUCCAAUGGCAAACUCUGUUUUAUCCACUUCUCCAGUUGGGUCUGGAAGUCCUGUUAGGCACAAUGAACUAAAUAUGCGUUUUGCUUCGGGAAUGAGGAAUUUAGCUGGGGUCAUGGGACCUUGGCAUGUAGAUAAUGGGAACAUUGAUGAAAGUUUUGCUUCUUCUCUGUUGGAAGAGUUUAAAAGCAAUAAAACUAAGUGUUUUGAGCUCUCUGAAAUUGCUGGUCAUGUUGUUGAGUUCAGUGCGGAUCAAUAUGGGAGCCGAUUUAUUCAGCAAAAGCUUGAAACAGCUACUACAGAAGAAAAAAACAUGGUUUAUCAGGAAAUCAUGCCACAUGCGCUUGCUUUGAUGACUGAUGUCUUUGGUAAUUAUGUGGUUCAAAAGUUUUUUGAGCAUGGACUUGCAUCCCAAAGGAGAGAAUUAGCCAACAAACUUCUUGGCCAUGUUCUGACACUUAGCCUUCAAAUGUAUGGUUGCCGGGUCAUCCAGAAGGCCAUCGAAGUUGUUGAUUUGGAUCAGAAGAUAGAGAUGGUUCAAGAGCUUGAUGGUAAUGUAAUGCGCUGUGUACGUGAUCAGAAUGGUAAUCAUGUCAUUCAGAAGUGUAUUGAAUGUGUCACUGAAGAUGCAAUACACUUUAUUGUGUCAACAUUUUUCGAUCAAGUUGUGACACUCUCAACCCAUCCAUAUGGUUGUCGGGUGAUACAGAGGGUAUUGGAGCACUGCAAAGAUCCUAUAACUCAGCAGAAAGUUAUGGAUGAGAUUUUAGGAGCAGUUAGCAUGUUAGCUCAAGAUCAGUAUGGCAACUACGUUGUUCAGCAUGUACUGGAACAUGGGAAGCCUCAUGAACGCUCUUCUAUAAUAAAGGAACUAGCAGGCAAGAUAGUUCAAAUGAGUCAGCAGAAGUUUGCUUCAAAUGUUGUGGAGAAAUGUUUGACCUUUGGAGGUCCUUCUGAGCGCCAAUUGCUAGUGAACGAGAUGCUUGGCUCUACCGAUGAAAAUGAGCCUCUUCAGGCAAUGAUGAAAGAUCAAUUUGCAAAUUACGUUGUACAAAAAGUGCUGGAAACUUGUGAUGAUCAACAACGCGAGCUGAUUCUUUCACGGAUUAAGGUUCAUUUGAAUGCAUUGAAAAAGUACACCUAUGGAAAGCACAUUGUUGCACGUGUAGAAAAACUCGUUGCUGCUGGAGAAAGGAGAAUUGCUGCUCAGUCUCCUCAACCUGCUUAGGUAGGUGGCUUAGAAAAAUAGUCUUUGUACAGCUAACUGAGGCUAGUAUGAGCUGCUGCUUCUCUUUAUCUCUCAAAUCAAGAGGGUUAUGUUUGUGUAUCGGUGAAAAUGGGUAGUAGCCAAUUGGAAAUGAAGUUAUCAGUUGUAUUGCAGAACUGUACAUUUUGUAGCUUUAAGUUUAUACAAAGAAUUUAAGUGAGAUGUGGCUCAGAUGUUUUAAUGCAGCUGAUGUCCCUAUUGAGGAGAUAAAAUGCCUAUACAAGCCUUUUUAUGGUGUAAAGAUUAUAAAAUGGUGAGGUAGUUUGUAAGUUGACGUGACUGUACAAAAAUGAUGGCAUGUGGAGAGCUGUUCUUGUUUAGACAAGGGCAGUUUUUUCUUCUCUCUUAAUCAUGUGUAUGGUUAUUGACUAUGUUUUCCCUUUCAACAAAUAUAAUUUUUGUUGCAAGUUUACA